AAGGUUCUGGAGGGGGCUGGCGGGCUCUGGAAGCUUCCGCCGGACGGGUAUAUAGAGUCCGGGACGGGGCGGCGGCGGAGCCGGGGGACGGCGACAGCUGGGCGGCGGGCCGCAGGCGGGGGCAAUGGGCAAGGACUAUUACCAGAUCUUGGGCCUGGCCCGCGGUGCGUCGGACGAGGAGAUCAAGAGGGCUUACCGCCGCCAGGCGCUGCGUUACCACCCGGACAAGAACAAGGAGCCCGGCGCCGAGGAGAAGUUCAAGGAGAUCGCCGAGGCCUACGACGUGCUCAGCGACCCGCGCAAGCGCGAGAUCUUCGACCGCUACGGGGAGGAAGGCUUGAAGGGCAGUGGCCCCAGUGGCGGGAGCAGCGGCGGUGCUAAUGGUACCUCUUUCAGCUACACAUUUCAUGGAGACCCUCAUGCCAUGUUUGCUGAGCUCUUCGGUGGCCGAAAUCCUUUUGACACGUUUUUUGGGCAGCGCAACGGCGAGGAAGGCAUGGACAUCGAUGACCCGUUCUCUGGCUUCCCCAUGGGCAUGGGUGGCUUCACCAACAUGAACUUUGGCCGCUCCCGCCCUGCCCAAGAGCCCACCCGAAAAAAGCAAGAUCCCCCCGUCACCCAUGACCUUAGGGUCUCCCUUGAAGAGAUCUAUAGCGGCUGUACCAAGAAGAUGAAAAUUUCUCAUAAGCGGUUGAACCCCGAUGGAAAAAGCAUUCGCAACGAAGACAAAAUCUUGACCAUUGAAGUGAAGCGGGGUUGGAAAGAAGGGACCAAAAUCACCUUCCCCAAGGAAGGAGACCAGACCUCCAAUAACAUUCCAGCUGACAUAGUCUUUGUUUUAAAGGACAAGCCACACAAUAUCUUUAAGAGAGAUGGCUCUGAUGUCAUUUACCCAGCCAGGAUCACUCUUCGGGAGGCUCUGUGUGGCUGUACAGUGAAUGUCCCCACUCUGGACGGCAGGAGCAUACCCGUUGUGUUCAAAGAUGUCAUCAGGCCUGGCAUGCGGCGAAAAGUUCCUGGAGAAGGCCUCCCUCUCCCCAAAACGCCCGAGAAACGUGGGGACCUCAUUAUUGAGUUUGAAGUGAUCUUCCCCGAAAGGAUUCCCCAGACGUCAAGAACCGUUCUUGAGCAGGUUCUUCCGAUAUAGUCACCUGUGUUUCCCCCAAGGACUGACUAGGGACCUUUCCAGAGCUCAAGGAUUUCUGGACCGUUCCACCAGCUGUGGACCCGCGAGAGGGUGGGAGGGCCCAGGGAGGGCUUUCGUACUGCUGAAUGUUUUCCAGAGAAUAUAUUACAAUCUUUCAAAGUCGU